CAAGAGCAUUUUGCUCCGAUUCAAUCUUUCCUCUCGAGUUUAUCGCCAACGUCACAAUGAUUUGCGGCUUGAACCGCUCCAURCUAUCGGUGCUUGUUGCAGCAGCAUUGGCUGCAUCCAAUAGCGCCUUUGUUGUCACGGGCUUUGUUCCGGCCAAAUCGUCUUCGCCCGUCUCCAAAACGACACCAUUGGCGCCGGCUUCUCGAACUCCCAGGCAAGCGGCAGAACGCGGGCGAGAUCCUCGCCGAUGCGGUCCAUCGACGGUCGAGGCAAUCGGGGCCGGCGGUGCCCAGCAACGAAGGAAACYAACCCGCCACUUUGCCUGGCCGAUCUCCCGAGAUCCCACCGGCGUCACGAGCGAUUAUCCGUUGACCAUCACCAGAAUCGCCAUCACCGUUGCUAGUUGCUACCUGACGUGGUAUGCCCAGACGCAGUAUUCCAAUGUCAUGGCCUCGGCUGCCGUGACGCUGGUUUGCAGCAUGGUGUUUGACAAGCGACUGGGCCAGGCCGCUUUUUGCGGAUCCUUCGCCGGCAUGUGUUCUCAGGCCGUCAUUCCCACUAGAAACCUAGCGCUCGCGCUGGGAGGCAUCACGUCGCUUCUUUACGAAAUCUUCAUCCACGCGCAAAACGCCUUUCUGGGAGUCGGCGGACGAUUGGGAGCCACGGCGUUUUUGGCUACCUCCGCCGUGGCAUACAAAACCGGAGUCAAAACCGGACUGGGACGCCUAACGCUGUUUGGUGGAACCCGUGCGCUGAAACUAUCGGCGCUGAGGUGGGAAUCGACGAUCGCUCCGUUUGCCUUCUGGCACGCCGUGGGGGCGGUAGCCACCAUCGUGCUGCGAGAAGUUAGCGACGACAGCGCCGCCGCCGAUCCCGUCCGGGCCAGCGCMGUGGUGGGGCUUGCCGGAGCGCUCUUGUUGCCGAACGACGCCGCCGCAGCCCUCGCCGURUAUGGAGGAAGUUUUGUCGGAAUGUCUCUCCCUUCCAAACUAAUGGGAUUGAGUGCACUCGACUUGUCGCACCGGUUGUUCACCCUUGGCAACGUUGUUUCACUGCURUUGGCCUUCGCCCUUUCGGGGGCACUUUCCGGAAUUGUCCACGGAGCAACAAUCGAUUGGAAACUAUGGCAAGGAGGCUGGGGAGGAAAGGCCGGAAUGUGUGCCUUUGUUGGCUGCAUGACGUAUCGUUCCGUGACUACUCUACUCGGAAAACUCACGCGAGAAAAGCGUUAGUAGUUGGAUAAUGAAUGAUAAUGGUCACUCCCGUCAAGGUAGAUUCAAAAUUAGAUUUCAGUCAUUUCCUGUCUGUGUACCAGGCCAGAUUUGUGCUUGGAUCAGAUAUAACGUUUCUAUUUAGGCAUACUAGUUUCUGAUUAAUUUAAUCGAUUGUGGAUCGAGUACGGAUAGUGAGAAGGACCAUCUUAGUUUUCAGUACUCCACAGAUUUGUCUGUCCAUGAUUUCUUUUUACUGAUAGAAAACAAAGACAGUAUCUGCACUAGAAGACAUACUAUAAAUGCAAAAAUCAAAC